UGGGUAGGUAGGUGGUACACGUCAUGUUUGUCCCCCUUCUGUAUGUGUGUUAACAUUUUCAUAGAAAUGCAGGAUUAAUAGGCCAGUUCUCCUCCUGACCCAGUGAGAGACAAGACAACACUGAGCUUUAAGAAAGAUUUGGUCAAGAUUUGUACAUAAUGGGAUACACAUACUGCUGUACCGUGCUCGUUAUAGGAUACCUUGCGCUACAUCAAUCUACUGGGUUUUGGCUCUUCGAUGUGGUCUUCCCACCAAUUGCCAAACUUCAAAACAAAGUGGCAAACAAUAGCACUCCGCCGGUUCUUAUUGUGCCAGGGAACCUAGGAAACCAACUUGAGGCCAAGAUUGACAAGCCAAGCCUUGUGCAUUGGAUGUGCUACAAAAGGACUGAUGACUUUUUCACACUCUGGAUUGACCUAAAUAUGUUCAUGCCAAUUGGGAUUGACUGUUGGAUUGAUAAUAUAAGAAUUUUAUACAACAGGACAACUGGCAAGACCUCCAAUUCUGCAGGGGUGACAGUGAGAGUGCCUGGUUUUGGGCAAACAUAUAGUGUUGAGUUCUUAGACACCAACAAGCUGGCAGGUUAUUUUCAUACUAUGGUUACUCAUUUGGUCAACAUUGGAUAUGUCCGCAAUGAGACCAUCCGAGCAGCGCCAUAUGACUGGAGGAUAGCUCCAAAUGAGCAGGAUGAAUACUUUGCACGACUGAAGAAGCUGGUUGAGGAUAUGUAUGAGGAGUAUCAAAAACCAAUUUACCUCCUGGGACACAGCAUGGGAAGCAAUUAUGUCCUCUACUUCUUAUAUCAGCAGACCCAGGCUUGGAAAGACCAGUACAUCAAAGGCUUCAUUUCACUCGGUGCACCCUGGGGUGGGGCAGUCAAGCCCCUUCGAGUGCUAGCAUCAGGUGAAAAUAAUGGCAUCCCAAUGGUGUCUAACAUCAAGAUGCGGGAGGAGCAACGAAUGACCACCACAAACCCCUGGAUGCUUCCAUUUGAAGAGGCAUGGCCUGCAGACCACACCUUCAUCUCCACACCCUCAUUCAACUAUACCCACCAGGACUACCAACGCUUCUUCAAAGAUAUCGACUUUGAGGAUGGCUGGUUCAUGUGGGAAGACACCAGAAACCUGACCGCAGGUCUGCCCCCUCCUGGUGUUGAGAUAUACUGCUUCUAUGGUGUGGGGCUGCCUACACCAGUUACCUAUAUUUAUGAUGACCAGUUCCCAAAUGUAGACCCUAUAGACUAUGUGUAUGCUGAUGGGGAUGAUACAGUGGAUAGUCUUAGCAUGGGUCAAUGUAAGCGCUGGAUAGGGCAGCAAGCGCAACCUGUCCAUGUCAAGGAAUUCAGGGCCAUGCCCCACUUGGAAAUAGUAUUCAGUAGCAAGGUGCUCAACGUGGUCCAGAGUAUCCUGGAAGGAAGAUAUGAGGAAGAGGAUUAUGAAUUCCAUGACUGAUGAACUUCCUGUUGACCCCACAGUCAUGCAAGACCGGCCCCUGUUGGAUCAGCCUCCCAAAUCGACACUGUAAGAUGGUGCAUGGGAUGGCCCUCCCACCUACACUGUAGAGUACCAUUACAAACUAACUUAAAUGUCCUUAAUAGUAGAGAAAGUGCUACACCUUUAGUGGGGUGUACUAGAAUCGACUGCAAUAGAGUUCCUAUAUCAUGUGUAUAUAAAUGAGCAUUUUUAAGUGUG